CGUCCGCCCCCCGCCUCUCUCCCCGGCAGCCCGCAGCGAGACGCGCCGCUCCCCAGCACUUUUUUGGGCCCGAGAUAUGGCAAUGGUAGUUAGCAGCUGGCGAGAUCCGCAAGAAGACGUGGCCGGGGGCAACCCUAGCGGCCCCAACCCAUCCGCCGCACAACCGGCCCGGGAGCAACCACCCCAACAGCAACAAGGGGGUUCGGCGGCCCCACAUACCCCGCAGACCCCAAGUCAACCGGGACCCCCAUCCACGCCGGGGACGGCGGGGGAGAAGGGAGCGGGUCAGCAGGGCUCCGGGCAGAGCCAGCAGCACAUCGAGUGCGUGGUGUGCGGGGACAAGUCCAGCGGGAAGCACUACGGCCAGUUCACCUGCGAGGGCUGCAAAAGUUUCUUCAAGAGGAGCGUCCGCAGGAACUUAACGUACACGUGCCGCGCCAACAGGAACUGUCCCAUCGACCAGCACCACCGCAACCAGUGCCAGUACUGCCGCCUCAAGAAGUGCCUCAAAGUGGGCAUGAGGCGGGAAGCGGUUCAGCGAGGAAGGAUGCCGCCCACCCAACCCAACCCCGGCCAGUACGCCUUGACCAACGGCGACCCUUUGAACGGCCACUGCUAUCUCUCGGGAUACAUCUCCCUCCUGCUGCGGGCCGAGCCCUACCCCACCUCCCGCUACGGCAGCCAGUGCAUGCAACCCAACAACAUCAUGGGCAUCGAGAACAUCUGCGAGCUGGCCGCCCGCCUCCUCUUCAGCGCCGUCGAGUGGGCCCGCAACAUCCCUUUCUUCCCCGACCUGCAGAUCACCGACCAGGUGGCCUUGCUGAGGCUCACCUGGAGCGAGCUCUUCGUCCUCAACGCCGCCCAAUGCUCCAUGCCCCUCCAUGUGGCCCCUCUCUUGGCCGCCGCCGGCCUCCACGCUUCCCCUAUGUCGGCCGACCGCGUCGUGGCCUUCAUGGACCACAUCCGCAUCUUCCAGGAGCAGGUGGAGAAGCUGAAGGCGCUGCACGUCGAUUCGGCCGAGUACAGCUGCCUGAAAGCCAUCGUCCUCUUCACCUCAGACGCCUGCGGCCUGUCGGAUGCUUCGCACAUCGAGAGCCUGCAGGAGAAGUCUCAGUGCGCGCUGGAGGAGUACGUGCGGAGCCAGUACCCCAACCAGCCCAGCCGUUUCGGGAAGCUGCUGCUGAGGCUGCCUUCCUUACGCACCGUCUCCUCCUCCGUCAUCGAGCAGCUCUUCUUCGUCCGCUUGGUAGGUAAAACCCCCAUCGAGACCCUCAUCAGGGACAUGCUACUGUCGGGGAGCAGCUUCAACUGGCCUUACAUGUCCAUCCAGUGCUCCUAGAGCCCGUCCCGCACCCCCGACGGAAAGAGAGAUUGAGAGAGAGAGAAAGAGAGAGAGAAAGAGAGAGAGAAAGGUCGGCGGAGGCGGGGAGCGCUGGCACCGCGAGGGGCAGUUCGGGGUGCGGAGAAAGUUGGUUUUUUUUGGGGGGGAAAAGGGUUGGUGGGGU